AUGGGAUAUGACCUUAAUGGUCUUAAUUUUCACGGUGUCAACAUCACACCAACCCCGGCAUAUGAGCGGCUCAUGAAUGUCUUUGUGGACAGGGCUCCUCUCCAUAUGCCUAAUAAUUAUAUCUCUUCUUCUUUGUCCGCGUACGGCCGUGUAGUUAGCGUUCGUGAUCUUUGCGUUAAGGGCUACCAGGACAUUCGCACUGGGACACGCAUGGUCACCAUGUCUCUUCUUCGGCCAAUUCCUGUGGUCGUUAAGAUCGCAAAUUUCCCUUGCUCGGUCCGUUACAACGGUCAGCCACCUUAUUGCCUGGCUUGUAACACUUUUGGGCAUUUCGCCCGCCGUUGCCAGCAGGGCAGGACAAAGAAGCCACCAUCCAAUACUUUGCCUUCAUCUCGCUACCCGGGUAAGAUCACACGGACGAAACACAUCCGGGAACGGAGGCUGCUUCAAUCAAGCAGUCACCUGUCUGUUAGUAAGUCUCCUUCCUCCACUACAGUGGCUGUUGCCCAACGCCAUAUAGUCGAAACAUCUGUGGUUAGCACGGAUGUUUCCUCUCAGGCACAGCCUGCUGUAACCACCAGUAACCGCUUUUCCCUCUUGGGGGAUGAAGUGGACGAUCUAGCGUCCCUUGCCGGGACCGUUGUAGAUCCGCUCGCCAGUCCUUUGCCUCCCAACAGUGCUGCCGAGCCGGUUGGCUCCGCUCCUCCAUCUGUGGGCCACAUUCCUUCGGGUACUAACUCACCUGUACCUUGUGGUGCAUCUGUGGCACCUACUUGCCAGUCGUCUGCUACUGUGUCACCAUCUGAGCCAUCUCUGCAGCUGCACCUCUCUAGGAGUGAACAGUCUGUUGAACCUGUUGCCUCGCUCCCUCCGCCAGUUAUUGGCGCUGUUGACCCUUCUCCUACUGGCACUCCUGUGACCCACACCCCUGUGUACACAACUCCACCUGUGCCUUCUUGUGAGCCUGCAUUAGAAGAUGCUGCUAGCUCUGAGGCAGAAUUUUCUCCACCUCCCAUCCCUUCUCGUCAGGCUCUGGCUCCUUGGCAAGCUUCUGGUUCCGCUGCUUCUCCUGCUGCGGGCUAUGCUCUGGCUGUCUUGUCAGGCUCUUCUUCUUUGCUGCCAUUACGGCAGGGCGCGCUUGAGUUUCCUGACUCGCCAGAUCUUUUUUCUCCACGGAGUUCUGAUUCUGAAGGCCGGUUAACGACGCCUUCUAAUUUUCCAGUUUCUCCAUUCUCUCCGUGUUUUUCAUCGGGCGACUCCUCUUUGGCCCGAUCCUUUUUUUCGGAGGUGGACGAUCCUGCAUCUUUGCUUCCUUCUGCUUCCGAGCAGGUGGAUGUUUUAGCUGAUCAGUCUUUGGUCAGACUUUUUAAUAACAAUCACAAUAAUGUAUAACUUACUUACAUUAAAUAUAAACGGUCUUAAUGACCAUAUAAAACGGACAGCUCUAAUUGAUUGGCUGAAAUGCAUGCAAGCAGAUAUUGUUUGCCUUCAAGAGACGCAUGCAUCCUCUCACAGUACCAUCUUGAGCUGGUUCCGUCAUUCUGGUUUUCGUGUGGCCUCAUCUUCUGUUUCAAAUAAACGAUGUGGGGUCGCCAUUUUAAUUAAAGAUAUAUAUACUUUUACGCAGGUUCGUAAGGACGACGAUGGGCGAUUCUUGCAGGUCGAGAUCGCCAUCGAGGGAAAUAAGUUACGCUUUGUCUCCUUAUACGCGCCAAACAAGAACCCGGCGCGCAACACUUUUUUUGCCAACCUGCCAGAUUAUAUUGAUUUGGCAGUACCUACUUUCCUUUGCGGUGAUUUCAAUGCCGUCCUGGACCCGGACUUGGAUAGGCGCCGCCAUCCGUCUUACGCCGGUCCUUCUCGGGCGGCCACGGCCCGCGAAAGUGUUGCUGCCUUACAAUCCUUGCUUUCUGCCACGCAUACUUUUCCUGUGUGGCGCACACGUCAUCCUGCUGAGCGGAUCUUCUCGUGGGAUCAUGCCUCGGGUAAGUUUUCUUCCCGAAUCGACAUGAUCUGGGCACCUUUGGUCUUGGACCAAUCGAUCACUGACUGCCAGUACCAUACCUCCUUUUUCUCUGAUCACCGCUACAUGUUGCUCAAGUUCCAUUUGGGUGACGUGUUUGCGCGUGGUCCGGGGGUAUGGAAAUUCAAUACGUCGCUGCUGGACAGUCCGGAAUAUUGUGCCCUGGUUCGCUCUUUCUGGGCUUUUUGGAAGACGCAGGAGUCCUCUUCCACCUUUUCCUCUUCCCUUGAUUGGUGGGAUCAAGGGAAAUUUUUUCUUAGGGAAAUUACUCGUUGUUUUGGCCGUGCUCGAGCUGCCGAACAGUCCAGGACUAAAUUGGAUCUGGAACGACAGCUCAAGCGCUUGCAGCGUUUGUUUGACGCCGGUGAUUCUUCUGCCUUCUCUCAACUUUGUGCUGUGCAAGAGGAGCUUCGUGCAAUACAUCUUCAUGAAGCCAAGGCCUCGCAAGUACGUGCACGCUGUCGAUGGGCCGAAGAAGGCGAAACAUCCUCCUCUUUCUUUUUAAGUUUGGAGAAAAAACACCGGGCCAAGCAGGCGAUUGCUAGUAUUCGUGACCCCGACACAGGACUCAUUCACCAUGAUCCAUUUACGAUCUUGGCAACAUGGCGCACCUACUACCAACGCUUGUUCACGGCUGAGGACUGCGAUCGAUCCGAGCAGGACAUCAUGCUGGGUCGUUUAACUCGCCGUUUGAGCAACCCGGAGGUCGAGUCCUGUGAAGGGGAGUUAUCAGAGGCGGAAUGUCGCGCUGCUCUUCAUGGCAUGUCCCAUGGCAAGACGCCAGGUUCUGAUGGAUUCCCGAUGGAAUUCUUCGUUUCUUUUUGGGACCUUCUUGGUCCAGACCUUGUUCGUGUCCUGAACCUCGCUUACACACAAGGUCAAUUAUCAACUUCACAACGUCGAGGCAUCAUCAUUGUUUUGUAUAAGAAGGAUGAUCGCCUCGAAACUAAAAAUUAUCGCCCCAUUAGUCUGCUGAAUGUGGACUAUAAGAUUGCCACUCGGGCUAUUUCUGGCCGCCUAUUGGGCGUCAUUGGUUCGAUAGUCGGUUACGACCAAACGUGUGGUAUUCCGGGUCGCACCAUCUCUGAAAAUCUGAUGUUAAUUCGUGACCUCAUUGAGUAUGCUGAUCGAGCGGACGUCCCUCUUGCCAUUCUCUCUUUAGACCAAGAGAAGGCUUUUGAUCGGGUGGACUGGUCCUUUCUGCAACGCAUCCUCUUCACGUUUGGUUUUGGCGCUUCUUUUCGCCAAUGGAUUAAUUUAUUUUAUACAAAUAUUGAGUCUGCAGUCGUCAUUAACGGCUGGACUUCUUCUUUCUUUCAGCCUUCUCGCGGUGUUCGCCAAGGUUGUCCUCUUUCGCCUCUUUUGUAUGUGUUGUGCAUUGAAGUGUUGGCAUGCAGCAUCACAGCCUCGCCUGCCAUUGAGGGUGUUCCUCUACCAGGAGCGGAUCGGGUGUUUAAGUGCUCGGGGUAUGCCGAUGACACAUCCAUUGCGGCUACCACCAAUGCUUCGAUGCAGGCCACCUUCGACACAUAUGCCCAGUACGAACGGGCUUCUGGGGCAAAGUUGAACCGUGGCAAGUCGAAAGGCUUGUGGUUGGGUGCCUGGAAAGAUCGGCAGGACACCCCCUUUGGCAUUAAGUGGGUAAAGGAGUUGUCGCUGUUGGGUGCUACCGUCAGUGCCGGCGACUACUCUACCGCCACUUGGGAGGCUCCAGUAGCUAAGGUUGAGCAGCGCUUGUCAUCCUGGAAGGGGCGUCAGCUUACCUACCAGGGUAAAGCAACCGUCAUCAAUACCUUGGCCCUCUCCCAGAUAUGGCACUUGUGCCAUGUUUUUCCCAUCCCGGCGUGGGCCAAGAAGCGCAUCACCAAGGCUACUUGGGGUUUUUUCUGGUCGGGUCGCCGUGAUUUGGUUGCCCGUCGAACAGUUUGUUUGCCGAAGGGUCAGGGUGGCUUUGGGGUCAUCGACUUUGACCUGAAGGCGAAGGCUUUUGCCAUCCAGUGGGUAAAACGUUACUUUGCUCCCACACCUGCUAAAUGGAAAGCCUUUUUUAGUUUCUUUUGUUUGUCCUGUUUGUCUGUCACACCUGUGGACGUGUUUGCCACUCCCACUUUUCCGCGCAAUCUGAUUGCCCUUCUUCCUCAGUUCUACCAACAUAUCGUCCGGGCCUGGUCCCAGUUCGAUGGUGGUGCUGUUGCUGGCAUUCUGUCGCUGGAUGUCAAUUCCGCUACGCCUCGUCCACUCGCCGAACUCAACUCGCAUUCGACGUAUGUGAUCAGCCGUCGUCUCAUCACACCCCAGCCCCAUUGUAUCGGCAAGUUUCUGCCUCGGUACGGCCCGCUGCACUGGUCCGAAACUUGGGACCAGAUCCAUCUUCAGUCCUUGGAUCGUGCAGUCGUCGACGUGAACUGGAAGAUCGCCCACGGUGUCAUCUACACCGCCUCCCGCCUCGUCACCGGCUUUGGGAUGGCAAACAUCGAUCUCCAGUGUCACUGUCGUGCCGAUGCAGAAACUCUCGAACAUCUCUUUUUUGAGUGUCGAUACGCCUGUAUCUUGGUCGGCUGGGUCUAUUUCAACCUGAUGAUGUACGACGGCUCGGCAACACCGUUCACUGUCGACGAGUUGUUGUUCGGUUUCUCGCGUGCGAGGCGUCAGCGCAUCCCCCAGGUCAUCAUCUGGAUGCUCCAGUUGGUGAAACAUUAUCUGUGGGUUGCGUGGAAUGACUUCCGCUUUCGUUAUCAACACCGCACCGAAGCGGAUUGUCUGAAGGCAAUCAUUGCGCGCCUUAAAUUUCUCCUCAAAGUGCUCGCCGGCUGCUGUCGUUCUCCUUCUCAAAUUCGGUCGUUUGAGAAGCAGUGGUUGGCCAAUAAGACUCUCGGGCACUUUGAGGGCGAGAAGCUGGUCUUCUCAUUUUAA